CAAAUAGAAGCAGAAUAUUGCUCACAACACCCUUAAACAACAUAGCUUCGUAUGCUGACACAUGUGGCGGCCCUCACCAAAUUAGAUUAAUGACAAAAGACGAAAGUUGGGCACUGUUUCAGAAGGUGACCAUGACUGUAAAGCCCAAAGAAAAUUCUCAAGAGGAAAAGCUUGCCAAGAAAGUGGUGGGCAGAUGCGGGGGCUUACCACUGCUUAUUGUUUCUAUUGGGUUUCUAUUGUCAGUGAAAGGCAGCAUUACAGAAGAUAACUUGCGGCCACUGCUUCGUCAAAUCAAUCAUGGCCAUCAGAAUAUUCGAUGGCUACAGGCUUGGGUGAAUACCAAUCAAGAACUGAAUGAAACUUUGAGCGACUGUCUCUACUACAUGACACUCUUCCCUGCAGACUUUGAAAUCCCGGUCAGGAGAUUAGUCAAUCUAUGGAUAGCAGAAGGAUUGGUGAAACAAAGGGAUGACAACCAAGAAACAUUAGAAGCCACAGCAGAAACAUAUUUAGAAAACUUGAACAAAUGCAACAUGAUUCAAGCAGUGGCACUGAAGUCUAAUGGGAAGAUUAAGACAUAUCGCUUGCCAAGUAUGCUCAGAGAGAUCAUAUUGGCUGACAAAACAAGCCAUAGCCAGUACUCAGGUACACAUGUAGAGCGGCGAUUUGCCUACCGCUUUGACGAUCGUGGUCUUGAUGCAAAUGCAGCAAAUGUAUUCAGCAAGAAAAAAAUUCCCCUAUCUGUUUUCUUCUUUGACAAACGUGAGGGAUGUAAGCCAGGAGAACACAUAGGGAGGAUCCUCUCAACAGGCAUUGCAAAUGAGCAAUUCAUGGAAAUCAGUGUUCUUGAUCUAGAACGCGUAUUCAGACCACAGUUGCCAGAUACUCUAGGUAUGUUGAUUCAUCUCAAGUAUCUUGGAUUAAGAUGGACUUACUUGGAGGAGUUCCCAACAUUCAUAUGCAAACUAGAGAACCUGGAAACACUUGAUGUAAAGCAUACAUGCAUCCGUGUAUUCCCCAGCUUCAUCUGGAAAUUGAAGAAAUUGAAGAACUUAUAUCUGAACCAAGACUAUCGCAGUAGACUUGAGGGUAGGCCAAGUGGAAACUUUCAGCAUAAUCUUUACAGAUUAUGGGGUGUGUUCAUAUAUGGGAGGUGCCCUCUUCUUUUUGACUUUCAAAGGCUGAAGAAUCUUGGGAAAUUGAAAUUGGCCUUCCAGUUAAAAGCAGAAGAACAAGAUACACUAACCAAGAAGAUUGUGCAGCUGAACCAGCUUGAGUCGCUCAGACUUAGAUCAGUAAAUGAAAUGGGUGAACCUGAAAAGCUAAUAUUGAGAGAUAUAUCAAAGCUGGAGAAGCUCGCAUCCCUGCAAUUGUAUGGGAAAUUAGAAAAUGGUCUUCGCAUGAAUCACCUCCCACAAAAUCUUAUUAAUCUCACAUUGUCAGCUUCAAAGCUGCAAGACAGUCAGGAUCCUAUGCAACUAUUGCAGAGCCUGGAGAAGCUUGAGUCCUUGUGUUUCUAUGCUAACUCUUAUCAUGGAAAAAGCAUGCUUUGUAACCCAGGGAGCUUUCCAAAACUUCUAGUGCUAAGAUUUUGGAAUUUAAGGAAUCUGGAGGAAUGGAAUGUGAAAGAAGGAGCAAUGCCUAGCCUCAGGGAAUUUGAAGCACGGUCAUGUGAAAAGUUAGCAGUUCCCACAGGAUUGAAGUACUUGGGGAAUAUUCAAUUGAUCAAGUUACAUAAAAUGUCAAACACAUUCAUGAGAGAAAUUUUGAGUAGUUAUAAGAAGAAGAUAUUAUCACCAGACGUUCGUAUCUCACCCUUCAAGUAAAACAGGCUUCCUCUUGCUCUUCGUUAUUCGGAUUUGUAUCUGUCCAAAAAGCAGGCAAGAAGAGACUACUGUUUUGAUGAAUCAGUAUUUUCAGUUCUCCAUGUUUCACCUCCUUCCCAGGCUUUGUUAGCUUUAAGAAUAACUGGAGGUUUCUUCAGUCAUUAAGGCUUUCAAUGUACUUCUCAAACUGCUGCACCAUUAUUUCUGUUUAAUUUGGUUGUUAUUUUUGAGGUGUUGCUCUACAUGACUAAAAGGCCAUGGAAUAAUAUCUAUAUUCUUGCAUAGUUGCAUUGCUAUGUUGGAAGAGUUAAGGCAAUUUCUUCGUUUACAAGUUUGUAUUAUCUUAUUGA